AUGUUAUCCAACGAUCGUCAACAUUUUGUAAAGCUUGUUAGAAAUCCAUAAAUAAAUGCAAUUUAAUAGUUAACAUAAUUAGUUACAUAAGCUAGUCGAACAAAAAGCACUUUAUAGCCCUCAACCAAAAGAAUAGCUGAAGUAUAAAAAUACGAGAAAAUUGAUAAAUAAGAGAAAAUAAUACAUACAACAAGAGAAAUCAAUUCAUAAUAAUCUAUUAGGAAUUAUUUUGAUAAUUCUACUUGUAAAAACAAUAAAGAAAAUUUACCAUCAAAAAAACAUUUAUAUUAAGAAAAUAGAUCAUAAACUCCCAUGGCUUAAAAGAGUCCAAUUGUAAUCAAUACUAGAGGAAGAGGUUCUGUUAGUCCUUUAAGAUGUGUUUAAUAAAAUCAAAUAACUAAAAGUUAAAACAAAUCAGCAUUUAAGUAAACUGAAGAUCCUCAAAUUAUGGAUAUGGUUGAUAAUCUAAAAUAAAACAUUUUAAGAGACUUAUAAGAAGUAACUAAAAGGUAUCAAUCUAAUAAUCCAAAACCUAUAGAAAUGCUCUAAAAAUAAAAUCAAAAAAUAAAAAAUUUAUUAGAUUAUAAGGAAACUUAAAUAAAAGUUCCAUAUUUUGAUUAUUCUAGUCAAAAGAGCAUAAAACAUCCAGAAAUUUUUUAUUAUGAUGAAAACUCUUAAAAUAAAUAAUAAUUUCUAGAAUAAUAGUCCUAGAUUUUAUAGUAACAAUUGGAGAUCAUAAAAUAGUAAUAAGAAGCCUUAAGAUAAUAAUAAGUAUCAGUUUUAAACAGCAAGAAUAAUUUUAAUAAUUUUUAUAAUCAAAUGAAAAAGCCACAGAAUGAAAGUAUUGAAGAUAUCUAUGGUAAAUCACAAUAUACAAUAAGCAAUUUAUCAUCAAUUAUACCAAUAGAAGCAUCUGCUAAUUAAAAUAAAAAAAUUAAUGUCUCUUUUGAAAGUAGUUUAGAAUAAAAUCCUAUUAAUUUAUAAUUAGAAAUAAUUUAAGGAAAUGAUUGUAGAACAACUUUUGGCCCUUCUCAAUUGGAAUCUCUGAUAAAAUCACCAACAUAAGUGGAACCAGAAUUAUUUAGUGAAUAACAGGUUAUGAAAGAAACUGUUAAAUAUGUUUAAUUAGAUAAUAGUUAAGGUAAAGUUUCAUCUGCAAAAAGAUAUAGUAAUGAUGACUAAGAAUUAGUUGAAUAAUAGGAACUUAUUUAAUAAGUACCUCCUCCUUCUGCAUUUUCUAAUAAAUCUAAUAGAUAUGAUUAAUUGAUGUAAAACUUCUAAAGUCUACGAAAAUUAAGUAGAGAACCUAGUUUUGUAAUAGAAACUAAAAAAUCUGUUUAAAUGAAUGAACUAAACCAUAUAAGUGAUUUUGCUAUAAUGGGAAGUUAAAGAGAGAGUAUUGCCUUAUGUCAAACAAAAUUAAUCACUUUUCAGGAGGUAAAUAAUAGUCAAGAAGAAUGUGUAUAAUCUCCUACUUCACUUUUAGGUAAGUAAUAAAUUUUAACUUUUGAAUAAGAUUUUGAAUAAAAGUCUAUCUAUUCAAAUUAAUCAUAAUAUGAUUAAAGAUCUAUCUAAUAAUUAUUAUAAAAAUCUAGUUUAUCUUAAUAAUAAGGCUCUUCUUUUUAAAAAUAAUCAAUAUCAAUAUAACAAAGUACUGAAUAAACAAACAGAAUACUUGAGAGUAUUAGAUCUAAUGAGAGUUUUAAAUAAAGAACUGCAAGUUUUACUGAAUUUUUAAAAGUAAAGGAUGAACUACCAAUUAAAAUAACAAAUGUUUAAAAAUUAUCUGUAAGACCUGCAAUAAGUAUUAAAUAAUAUAUAAUUAUAGGUUUCUUAUAGUAUAAACAAUAAAAUAAAAAUUGA